GUUAAACCAGCCAACUUGGCGGGGAGACAAGCCCCAAGCUUUUUUGCGAAACAGAUCAUCACGUCACCUCACCCGUCCGUCCACCAUUCUCCCAUAAUAACUACCUACAACAAUUCAAGGCCCCGUCAAUUGACUUGAUGCAUCCACCAUGAACGCCGCACGCCUCGCCGCCCGCCGUCCAGCAUACCGCUGCCUCAAUGCCCACCCACGACUGCGCCAAAUCCACGUAGCUGGACGAGGCGGCCGCUUUGGAGAGAAACCCUCCCGCGCCAGGCUCGACGACAUCUCUGUCCACCGCGCCGACGCAAUCCGCUAUGCGCGAUACAAAACCCGCCGGAACUGGCUCGCCGCGGGCGCUGCCCUCUCGAUGAUUGCACCCAUGAUCCUCGUCCGAUUUUGGGACCUCCCUCCGCCCUCAGAACCCGAGAACCAGCAACAGCAAGACCACCAGCAGCAGCAGCAAAACCAAACACAACCCAGCGGACCCUCAACGACACAACAACUCGUCGACCUCAUCAAGCCCAGGCCCGUCCAAGCCGACAGCCCACGCAUCGCGGCGGACGAAUUCCACGGCAAGAAGGUCGUCCUCGCCGCCGGCGACAAGAUCAUCGCGGCGCCCAAGGACUCCGAACACCCCACUCCCUCCGACGUCGACACCAUCGAGCUCGUCGAGACAGGCACGUCCUACGUGCCCUACUUCCCACGCACCAUCUCCCUCCCCGACACCACGGGGCCGGAGGGCAUCGCCUCGGAGGCAUCGUACACGCUAUUGGGGCUCGGCAUCCGCAAGGUGUCGUUCCUCAACAUCCAGGUGUACGUCGUCGGGCUGUACGUCAAGAGUGCGGACCUCGCGAAGCUGCAGAACCAGCUCAUCAACACGGUGAACCCGAGCGCAUCGGCGCUGAUCCCGGGCGAGAAAGAGGAUCUGAGGAAGGCGCUGCUGGGGCCGGAGUCGUCGACGCAGGUGUGGCGGGCGAUUGUGGCGAGGCAGGGUGCAGAUGCGGUGGACAUGGCGUUCCGGAUCGUGCCGACGAGGGGCACGGAUUUCAAGCAUUUGCAGGAUGCGAUGAUGAGGGGGAUUACGAAUAGGACGGACGAUGUGAGGAGGAGGCAGGCGGAUAUGUUGAGGCAGCAGGCCAAGGAGAGCAAGACGGUGGUGCUGCCGAAACCGGUGGAGGAGGGGGAGUUCGAGGAUGAGAGGUUCGGGGUCGCGAUGAAGGAGUUCAAGGCGUUGUUCCAAGGCAGGGGCAAGGCUGGGAAGGGUUCGGUGGUCAUCAUGAAGAAGGAUAAGGAUGGUGCGUUAAGCGGCAUUUACCAGCCUGUUGUCAAGACGAACAAAGGCGAGAAGAUGGGUGAGAUGGUCAAUCUGGGUGAGGUCAAAGACCCACGCAUCAGUAGACUGGUGUGGGAGAUCUACCUCGCUGGUCCGAAUGUGAGUUGCGAGGAGGCAAGGAAGAGCAUCGUUGACGGCUGUAUCUCCAUCGUCGAGCGGCCCGUUGGAACCGUCGAGAACAUGAUCCAGUAAGUCAGUCAGGACAUAUAUUCAAUUGACGUAGAUAUAUGUUGUACCAUAGUGUAUAUGUAUACCAAUCACCAAGGCACGAAAUCCGCCCAUAUCCUAACCCAAC